GAGAUCCAGGUUCGCACCGACGGCCAGCCCCCCGCCAAGAGGCGCAGAAUUGCCCAGCGCAAGCCUCGGACCACCGAGUACCUGGAUCUUGAAAACCGCGACGAGGCCGGCGAGGCACAUCUGGACCGUCUGCUGCAUGUCCUACGCACCAAGAAGAAGAUUGUCGUCAUUGCCGGAGCUGGCAUCUCUGUCUCGGCUGGAAUCCCCGACUUUCGAUCCAGCGAGGGCCUCUUCAGGACGCUCAAGGACAAGCACAAGAUCAAGGGCGGUGGCAAGGCCCUCUUCGACGCCUCAGUCUACAAGGACGACAAAUCAACGGCAGAAUUCCAUAAGAUGGUUCGUGACUUGUCACGCCUUACCAAGGAGGCCAAGCCCACCGCCUUCCACCACAUGUUGGCGACUAUCGCACACGAGGGCCGCCUGCUGCGCCUGUAUACGCAGAAUGUCGACUGUCUAGACACCUCCCUCGAACCCCUGGCGACCAGCAUACCGCUGCCCCCAAAGAAGCCCUGGCCGGUCACGAUUCAGGUUCACGGCGGACUGGAGAAGAUGCAGUGCACCAAGUGCAACCAUGUCGCUAAAUUCGACGGGAAUCUCUUUCAGGGCCCAGAGCCCCCCCUGUGUGGACUGUGCAAGGAGCAGGAUGACGUGCGCACGAAAUUCGCCGGGAAGCGGAGCCACGGCGUCGGACGGCUGAGGCCGCGGAUGGUCCUUUACAACGAGUUCAAUCCCGAUGGAGAUGCGAUUGGAAGUGUGUCCGAGGCCGAUCUCAAGAAAGUGCCUGACGCCGUCAUUGUGGUCGGCACGAGCCUUAAGAUCCCAGGCGUGCGACGAAUCGUCCAGGUGUUGUGCCGGGCGACGCGCUCGACCCGAGAUGGUUUCACCGCUUGGAUCAACCUGGACCCCGAGCCUCAGAAUCCCGAUGUGAAGGACUUAUGGGACCUGGUCAUCCGCGGAAAGUCGGAUGAUAUCGCCGGCUUGUUGGAUCUACCCCACUGGGAUUGUGAUGAUGUUGGCGCCGAUACAGAGGAGUACAUGGUCUCCGGCUCGGUGGAGAAGGAGGAGCAGUGUGAGCAAAGGCUGAGCCGCGACAAGAUCGAUGUGGUCCUCGACAGCAAGAAGCGCUCCUCCCUUGCCUUGGGCGAUGCAGACAACAAGUCCAUCGACAUUCUUGACCUCAAGUCGAAGCUCGUGGACAAGGUCGUCGACAAAUCCUUACCUACCCCGAGCGCCAGCCCUCGCCAGGGCUCGCCUCUACCUCGUAAAACGCUACCGAAGGGCAAGACCAAGCAGAGCACACUCACCUUUGGUACAGCUGCCGGUGCCAAGGGGGUCAGCGCACCGAAGACGACGAAGAAGAAGUCUAAGCAGCCCCGAAGGGAGACAAAGCCCAAGAAUGAAAUCACCAAUGUGUUCAGGGCAUCAAAGGGGGCAUCCAACGCAGAAAAGACGAUCAAGGAGCCGCUACAGAUGGUCAAGAACGAGUAUGAGUCCAUCAACCAGAUGUCUCAAGAGGCAGACAGCCGGGACGGAUUUCUACCAUCGCUGCGACCUGAUAGCAAG